AUGGCCGUAGAGACUUUUUCAGAAGCCAGUUGUUGGCACUGGCUGAAUUACGACUCUGCUGCUAUAACUCCCGUCGGACAAGAUGUGACUAUAUAUUCGCCUCCAGAUACCGAUAUUUGGAGACCGACCUUGAAUAAAAAUAACUUCACGGCACCCUACCUCUACACCCAAUUGAAGUCUUCCGACUUCCAGAGUAUUUCUGUUACUGUGCAAGCCGACUGGAAGACACUUUUCGACCAAGGAGGAAUUGCAAUUACUUUCCCUCGCGAUGAUACUCCACUUCAAUGGAUCAAAGCAGGGAUCGAGUAUACCGAUGGCGCACCCUACCUUGGCGUUGUUGCCACUGCGAGUCUCUCUGAUUGGAGUCUGAGCCCGAUGUUAGAUGCUUCUGACCACAAGACUGCAACAGUAGAGAUUGUUCGAGAUGGAACGGACGCGUGGGUUUAUGUGCACGAAGGAGCAUCGCGGAGACCCCUUCGUCAAAUUACUUGGGCAUUCAACGAAAAUACUCCGGAAUAUAUGCAUGUGGGGAUAUAUGCUGCAAAACCAACACGGGAGAGUGAAUUGGGACACGAGUUUGACAAGCUCGCGGUGACAUUUAAAUCAUUUGGUCUCAAAACAAAGAGCUGA